GCACGCAUCCACUUUUGUCGGUUUUAAUAAUAUGAUCGACAACUGUGGUCUUUUGGAAUUUCCUUCGGUGGGAAACACUUUGUCAUGGAGUGGGACGAGGAAUAAACAGACGGUAAAGUGUAGAUUAGAUCGGGCUUUAGGGAAUGUGGAAUGGCACACCCUAUUCCCGUCUGCCUUUGUCGAGUAUUUGGGAAUGGUAGGUUCGGAUCAUAGGCCUAUUGUGACGAAUUUAGAUGAGAAACACGUACGAUCGAGAAGGCAAUUUCGGUUUGAUAAGAGAUGGAUUGGUAUGGAUGGUCUUAUGGACUCCAUUUCGAAAGGUUGGUAUACGGAGAGGCCAAGAUAUUGUUCGGGUGUUGUAGAUAGAAUUAUUAACUGUAGACGUGAAAUUUCGGUGUGGAGGAAAAAUAAUCCUCCAUAUGGGAAGGAGAAGAUUAAUUCUCUCCAAAAGGCUUUGGAGGACAUUCAGUGUGAUAGUACCAAAACAUAUGAGGAGAUGCUAGAGGUUUCUAGAAAAUUAAAAGAAGCUUAUAGGGAUGAGGAGUUAUACUGGGAACAAAAAUGUAGAACGACUUGGCAUGCAAAAGGAGAUAGAAAUACAAAAUUCUAUCACGCUCUGACGAAGCAGAGACGACUACAAAAUAAAAUUGUGGGUUUGCACAAUAGUGAUGGUAAUUGGGUAACAUCGGAAUCUGAGGUAGAAGGCGUUGCGGUAAAUUAUUUUAAUGAUUUGUUUGCGACGACAUCGCCUUCGGGCUAUGAAGAAUUUCUAAGGGAGGUACCUACUUUGAUUACAGAGGAUCAAAACAGGUUUUUAACUGCUUGGGCAUCAGAGGAGGAAGUGAGAUCAGCUUUAUUCAUGAUGCAUCCUGAAAAGGCUCCAGGGCCGGAUGGAAUGACGGCUUUGUUUUUCCAACAAUCUUGGUCGAUUAUUAGAUCAGAUAUCACAAAUAUGGUUAACGAGUUUUUUAGGACUGGAUAUUUGGAGGAGAGGAUGAAUAUGACCAAUAUUUGUCUCAUCCCAAAGACAGUGCGACCAAGUAGAAUGACGGAAUUGAGGCCCAUCAGUUUAUGUAAUGUGGGUUAUAAGAUUAUUUCGAAGGUGCUUUGUCAACGGCUGAAGAGGCUAUUACCACAAUUGGUAUCAGAAACUCAAUCUGCCUUUGUCUCUGGAAGAUUGAUUUCAGACAAUAUUUUAAUUGCACAGGAAAUGUUUCAUGGAUUAAGAACGAAUAAUUCAUGUAAGGAGAAAUUUUUGGCUAUAAAGACAGAUAUGAGCAAAGCGUAUGAUAGGGUUGAAUGGCCUUUUAUUGAAGCGAUGUUGCUAAAGCUGGGGUUUGCACAAAGAUGGGUAUCUCGGAUAAUGUCUUGUAUUACAUCGGUACAAUAUAAAAUUUUGAUUAAUGGUCAACCAAAAGGGCACAUUGUACCAAACCGUGGACUUCGUCAGGGUGAUCCGUUGUCAUCUUAUUUGUUUAUUUUGUGCACUGAGGCACUAAUAGCGAAUAUACGGAAAAAAGAAGAAGAGAAAUUAUUAACGGGGUUAAAAAUUGCGCGUGGUAGUCCGGCAAUUACACAUUUAUUAUUUGCGGAUGAUAGUCUCUUUUUUUGCAAAGCUAAUAGGCAAGAAUGUGAGAUUAUCUUACAAAUUUUGAAAGACUAUGAAAGAGCAUCGGGGCAACAAAUUAAUUUCUUGAAGUCUUCACUACAGUUUGGACAUAAGGUACCUGAGGUAGUACGUUUGGAGGUCCAGCAGGUUUUGGGCAUUACUACAAUUGGUGGUAUGGGAACAUACUUGGGGAUCCCUGAAAGUCUUGGUGGAUCUAAAACACAGAUAUUUGAUUUUCUUAAUGAAAGGGUUAAUAAUAAGGUCAAUAAUUGGACAAUUCGAUUUAUUACGAAAGGAGGAAAAGAAGUUCUAAUUAAAGCAGUGGCAUCCCCUAUGCCAACUCAUGUUAUGUCUUGCUUUCGUUUACCAAAAACGGUUACGAAAAAACUUACCAGUACGGUGGCUCAUUUCUGGUGGAGUGGCAGUGGCAAUACAAAAGGAAUGCAUUGGUUUGCAUGGGAUAAAAUGUGCAAAGAUAAACCAGAUGGGGGUAUUGGUUUUAGAGAUAUUCAAAAUUUCAAUACAGCGUUAUUGGCGAAACAACUAUGGAGGUUAAUAGAUAAACCUGAUUCUCUUUUCGCAAGAGUUUUUAAAGGAAGAUACUAUAGGAAAUCUGAUCCUUUGGAUCCAAUCAGAUCAUAUUCUCCCUCAUAUGGGUGGAGAAGUAUUACGUCGGCUAGAUCUCUGGUUAAUAAAGAGCUAAUCAAAAGAGUGGGAACUGGUUCAAGCAUUUCAGUCUGGAAUGACCCUUGGAUCCCUGCUCCUCGCCCGAGGUCAGCAAUACCAAAAUGUUCGAAUCAAUAUUUGAAUCCAUUACUUAAGGUGGAAGAUUUAAAUAAUCCAGUAGAUCUCUCUUGGAAUUUGGAUCUGCUCAAUGUAUAUAUUCACCAGGAAGAUGUGGAUAUUAUACGGAGUUUAGCCAUUAGCCGUAACCCAAAACCAGAUUCAUAUGGAUGGCAUUUUACGGACCACGGUCGAUAUACGGUUAAAUCAGGAUAUAGAACGGAUAAAUUAUUUCCGGAUAUGGGAUCUCAGGAUAGAGUUUUCGGACCAGAUACUAAACCACUUUUGGCUCAUUCUUGGAAACUUCAAUGUUCACCAAAGCUGAAACAUUUUGUCUGGCAGAUACUUUCUGGCAGUCUUCCGGUAACUAAGAAUCUUCAUUCCCGAGGGAUAAAAUGUGAUGUACAAUGUCAAAUAUGCGGUGCAGAGGAAGAAUCUAUUAAUCAUGUUCUGUUUGAGUGUCCACUAGCACUACAAAUGUGGACUUUAUCUAAUAUUCCAUCAUGCCCAGGAGUUUUCCCCACCCAGUCACUUUUUACAAAUAUGGAUUAUAUUUUCUGGCGGUUACCCAAGGAAUCAGAUUUGAAUUUUUUUCCAUGGAUUUUAUGGUAUAUUUGGAAGAAUAGAAAUGCAAAAGUUUUUAAGAAUCAGAUAAAAACUCCUUUUGAUAUUCUUCGGAUGGCAGAGAUAGAAGGUGUUUUGUGGGCUGAAGCUCAGACAAAAGAUUCUAGAAAUCGGGACUCUCUACAUAUUGCAGAGAAUCUUUUUCCACAUGGAGUUAACAAGUGUUAUAUAGAUGGAGCAUGGAAGGAAAAUGAUCCUUAUACAGGACAGGGAUGGGUCUACAAAAAAGAUGGAUCAACUGAUACUAUGAUGGGUGCAAUGUCUAUUCGCAGGAGUCUUUCACCUUUACAUGCUGAAUGUGAAGCUUUGAUAUGGGCGAUGGAGUGCAUGAAGACCCUACAAGUUUCAGAGGUGGUGUUUGCAACAGACUGUUCUCAAUUGGUGAAGAUGGUGUCUUCACCGACAGAAUGGCCCGCGUUCACUACACACAUGGAGGAGUUUCUGCGAUGUAAGGAAUUCUUUCUUAACUUUACUAUCCAACAUAUACCAAGGGCGCAAAAUAUUUUGGCGGACAAGUUGGCACGAGAUGCUAGGACUUCGCCAUCUGCUAUGGUUUAUGUUGACUCAAUUCCCCCGAGGUGGCUCUUGAACCAGGAAUCUUCUUCGUUUUAUAGCCUUUUGUUGUCAAAAAAAAAAAAAAAUCUUUCAUGGAUUUUAUCUUUAGGGAUUAUCUAGUGGGCUGUAUAAGUCAAGUUAUUCUUUUAUUGUCAGACUGAUAAAGAACUUGAGUGUAGUUACAUCUACUACAUGAGAAUAUAUCACUUCAUAAUCAGUUGCGUUUUAUCAUUUUUGACACAAUGACUCAAUUCUAUCUCACUUGUUUUACACCAUUUUGUGUAUCGAAUACUAGUCCAAAUACUUCUCUUUUCACAAGAGCUUAUAUCUUUGUCUAUUGAUUCUUUCUUACUCGGUCUAUCAUUUCUUUGUGUACAUUUUUAAUAGAUUUUAUUUUAUGG